AUGCAAAUCAUUUGGCGAGAAUCGGCGGAUACCGUCACUUAUGAGGAUGCCCGUGUUGGCCGGGUGUUCAAUCAUCGCCGUCCAGAGCGAUUUCCAUUGGCAGUCGUGAGGGCGACUUGUCAGGAAGAUAUCGUUGCUGCUGUUAAACUGGCCGUAGAGAAGAACUGCCGCAUUGCUGUUCGAUCUGGAGGACAUUCGUGGGCAGCAUGGAGUGUCCGCGAUAACUCAAUUCUUAUCGAUCUGGGCAACUAUAAGAGCAUGGAGGUCGAUGCGAUCAACAAGAUUGCUCGUGCUACGCCGAGCAUGACUGGUAGAGAAUUGAACUCGGUUUUGGUCAAGGAUCACCAGCUUAUGUUCCCUGGUGGCCAUUGUCCAGAUGUUGGGCUAGGAGGCUUCUUGCUCCAGGGUGGGAUGGGAUGGAAUUGUCGUAAUUGGGGCUGGGCAUGCGAGAGAGUUCAAGCCGUUGAUGUUGUGACAGCAAAGGGAGAAUUGCUUCACUGUAACUCCGAGCAAAACCAGGACCUUUACUGGGCCGCCCGCGGAGCUGGACCCGGCUUUCCUGGCGUUGUCACCAAGUUUCAUCUUCGGUUGAACUCUUACCCAAAGAACGGCUUCCGGUCCUCUGGCUAUAUCUAUCCUAUCGAGAUGUAUCGGGAGGCCCUUGGCUGGGUCAUCUCUAUCUCGCCAGACUUUGACAACGAUACUGAAAUAGCUGCAAUCUCUCACUAUCCGGAAGGUAGUGAUGAGAUGCGACUUUUCAUUCUUUUUGUUACUAUGAAGAACGAUGCCUCCGAAUCGGAGAAAGCUCUUCGCGCCGCUCAGGAAACUCGACCUGCGGGAUGCGUAGAGGAGUGGUUCUGCAAGGAAGACAGCCUUGAAGGACAGUACGAUAAUCAAGCCAGAGCGAAUCCAGAGAAGCAUCGCUAUUGCGCAGAUAAUGCAUAUAUCCAAAAUGAUGCCGAUGUUCCAGCAGUACUGGAAGAGGCAUUCACCACUCUUCCGCACAGGAAAUCCUUCGCGCUUUGGUUUGCGAUGAACCCCUGCAGUCGGAGAAAGCUUCCUGACAUGGCUCUGAGCAUGCAAUCUGAUCAUUACUUUGCUCUUUAUACAGUUUGGGAGGAUGCACACGACGACCCACGAUGCCAGGCCUGGGUAAGAGACGUGAUGAAAGGAGUGGAGAGACAUUCGGUCGGCGCCUACUUAGGAGAUUCGGACUUCCAGGUGCGCAAGACUAAGUUCUGGGCUGAUGAUAACGCUUGCCGUUUGAUGGAAAUUCGCCGCAAAUGGGAUCCUCAGGGAAGGAUUUGUGGCUACCUGGAUGAGAGUGACUUGUCCGGGACUCGUGGAUUGGAUAAUGCACACCAGUGGAAGAUCUAA